AUGGCGGACAGUGCCAGCGAGAGUGAUUCGUCGUCCAUCGACGGCGGGCCCAUCAUGAUGCCUCCGUCUCCAAUCACAAGGGAACAAAUGCAAAAGCGCAUUGAUUCCCUGCAGCAACAAAACCGUGUACUUAAGGUAGAGUUGGAAACCUACAAGUUGAAAAUGAAAGCAAUGGACGAGGAAUGUAAACGACUACGUGAGACAUCGGUUUAUAUUCAAGUAAGAGCAGAACAAGAAGAAGAGUUUAUAAGUAAUACCCUCCUAAAAAAAAUUCAAGCUUUAAAAAAAGAAAAGGAAACCUUAGCCCAUCAUUAUGAACAAGAAGAAGAAUGUUUGACUAAUGAUCUGUCACGAAAAUUAACUCAAUUACGACAAGAGAAGUGUAAAUUGGAGCAGACUCUAGAACAGGAACAAGAAUGUUUAGUUAAUCGGCUUAUGCGUAAAAUUGAAAAACUAGAAGCAGAAACUCUUACAAAGCAAACGACGUUAGAGCAAUUAAGGCGUGAAAAAGUUGACCUAGAAAAUACAUUGGAACAAGAACAAGAAGCUUUGGUAAAUAAACUAUGGAAACGCAUGGAUAAAUUAGAAGCGGAAAAAAGACAAUUACAAAUAAAACUGGAUCAGCCUGUUUCCGAUCCAGUAUUACCUAGAGAUCAAGUAGGACCAAACAAAGGUGAAAUGGCUACAAAUAUAAGUGCACAUUUACAACAUUUGCGUGGAGAAGUUACCAGGUUGCGACACCAACUUGAUGUUUCUAAAAAAGAAAAUUCCAAGAAAAUGGAAAAAAUGGCAAAAGAAGAGCGCCAAGUGCGUGAAGACAAUUUGCGAUUACAAAGAAAGUUACAACUUGAAGUAGAAAGACGUACAGCUUUAUGUCGUCAUUUAUCGGAAUCCGAGAGUAGUUUAGAAAUGGAAGAAGAACGUCAGUAUAACGAAAUGGCUUCAAAUCGAUGCAGAACUUCAUCGAGUCCACUCCCAUUUCCUCCAUCUCCUAGCCAAUCUAGGCCCCUUAGUCCUGGAUCCACUGCUGGAACACCAGGAGUGUUUCGUGGCGAAAUUGGUGUAUUGGGCUAUGCCAAUAUGAAUCGAUGUUAUGUUUGUGGCCAAACUGUACCAUCGAAUCUCGUCAUAGGAGCACCGUCAACACCUUUAUGUCCCACUACUCAAGUGAUUAAUCAAUCUCGAACACUAUCGUUGGGGCGUCCAGUCAGUGAACGUUUUGUUAAGCCAAUAGUGCCACUAUCAUCUAAUAUAGUUAAUAGUGGUGGUAUACCAACCGGAUCACAAAUUCCCUUGCCCAAUCCACCGUCACCGUCAACUUUGCCUGCAACACUGAUGGAUUCAGUCAAGUACUAG